ACUCCCGGCGUUAGCCAUAAACUCUGGAAGGGCUCCAGGUGGGGGACAGGGUGGAGAACUUCCCUUCUAGACACUCCUCACACCUUUUCCCAAAGCUCACGUUUUUGGGGGACACCCUCCGGGUGGCCCGGACGCGGAGGGGGAGCAGCGCCGCUUGGUUAAGUUUCUGCAAGUCAAACCCGGUCCCCAGUUGCCGGCUCCUCGCCCCGGGUCUCCAGCUGCACGCGGGGAGCUGCGGCUGCUCAGGCAAAGGAGCCGCUGCUGCUUUAAGAGCCGCCUCCCCCUCUCCUCCCUUUGACAAUGGUCUGAACCGAGCUCUGCUUCCCAAAGCAAAAUUCGUAAUAUGCCAUUUUUCCGAUGGACGCUUCUCCUUUUGGCUGCUGACGGAGCCGCGGGAAGAUGCCGAGUUGCUGCCACGCCACCCAGCCGGGGCACGUUCCAGGAGGGCGCCGGGGCACGCGAGUGUCUGAGCUGCCCUUUUCCCGUUGCUAGGGAAGUGGUCCAGGAGUGCCGGCUGUGAGCCUCCCCUCUCGUCAAGCCGAGACUGCGGUUGUCACUCAUCAAUUGAAGAAGCAAGACCCGAAAUUACAGACAUUAGCAAUGAUGUGUGAAGUGAUGCCCACGAUUAAUGAGGACACCCCAAUGAGCCAAAGGGGGUCCCAAAGCAGUGGCUCGGACUCAGACUCCCAUUUCGAGCAGCUGAUGGUGAAUAUGCUAGAUGAAAGGGAUCGUCUUCUAGACACUCUUCGGGAGACUCAAGAAAGCCUCUCACUUGCCCAGCAAAGACUGCAGGAUGUCAUCUAUGACAGAGAUUCGCUCCAGAGACAGCUCAAUUCAGCCCUGCCACAGGAUAUCGAAUCCCUAACAGGAGGGCUGGCUGGUUCUAAGGGGGCUGAUCCACCGGAAUUUGCUGCACUGACAAAAGAAUUAAAUGCCUGCAGGGAACAACUUCUAGAAAAGGAAGAAGAAAUUUCUGAACUUAAAGCUGAAAGAAACAACACAAGACUGUUACUGGAGCAUUUGGAGUGCCUUGUGUCCCGCCAUGAAAGAUCACUGAGAAUGACGGUGGUAAAGCGGCAAGCCCAGUCCCCCUCGGGAGUUUCCAGCGAAGUCGAGGUUCUCAAGGCGCUGAAAUCUUUGUUUGAGCACCACAAGGCCUUGGAUGAAAAGGUAAGGGAGCGACUGAGGGUUUCUUUAGAAAGAGUCUCUGCACUGGAAGAAGAACUAGCUGCUGCUAAUCAGGAGAUUGUUGCCUUGCGUGAACAGAAUGUUCAUAUACAAAGAAAAAUGGCAUCAAGUGAGGGAUCCACAGAGUCAGAACAUCUUGAAGGGAUGGAACCUGGCCAGAAAGUCCAUGAAAAGCGUUUGUCCAAUGGUUCUAUAGACUCAACUGAUGAAACUAGUCAAAUAGUAGAACUACAAGAAUUGCUUGAAAAGCAAAACUAUGAAAUGGCCCAAAUGAAAGAACGUUUAGCAGCCCUUUCUUCCCGAGUGGGAGAGGUGGAACAGGAAGCAGAGACGGCGAGAAAGGAUCUCAUUAAAACAGAAGAAAUGAACACUAAAUAUCAAAGGGACAUCAGGGAGGCCAUGGCACAGAAGGAAGAUAUGGAAGAAAGAAUCACGACUCUUGAGAAGCGUUACCUCAGUGCUCAGAGAGAAUCUACCUCCAUACAUGACAUGAAUGAUAAACUAGAAAAUGAGUUAGCAAAUAAAGAGGCCAUCCUACGGCAGAUGGAAGAGAAGAACAGACAGUUACAAGAGCGUCUUGAGCUGGCUGAGCAAAAGUUGCAGCAGACUAUGAGAAAAGCUGAAACCUUACCUGAAGUCGAGGCUGAACUGGCUCAGAGAAUUGCAGCCCUGACAAAGGCUGAAGAAAGACAUGGAAAUAUUGAAGAACGUAUGAGACAUCUAGAAGGUCAACUUGAAGAGAAAAAUCAAGAACUUCAAAGAGCCAGGCAAAGAGAGAAAAUGAAUGAGGAGCACAACAAGAGAUUAUCCGAUACUGUGGACAGACUUCUGACUGAAUCCAAUGAACGCUUACAGCUCCACUUAAAGGAAAGAAUGGCUGCUCUGGAAGAGAAGAAUGUUUUAAUUCAAGAAUCAGAAACAUUUAGAAAGAAUCUGGAAGAAUCUUUACAUGAUAAGGAAAGAUUAGCAGAAGAAAUUGAAAAGCUGAGAUCUGAACUUGACCAAUUGAAAAUGAGAACUGGCUCUUUAAUUGAACCCACAAUAUCAAGAACACAUCUAGACACCUCAGCUGAGCUGCGGUAUUCAGUUGGAUCUCUAGUGGAGGGCCAGCCUGACUACAGAACAACUAAAGUGAUAAGAAGACCAAGGAGAGGCCGCAUGGGUGUGCGAAGAGAUGAGCCAAAGGUGAAAUCUCUUGGGGAUCAUGAGUGGAAUAGAACUCAACAAAUUGGAGUGCUAAGUAGCCACCCUUUUGAAAGUGACACGGAAAUGUCUGAUAUUGAUGAUGACGACAGAGAAACAAUAUUUAGCUCAAUGGAUCUUCUCUCUCCAAGUGGUCAUUCUGAUGCCCAGACUCUAGCCAUGAUGCUUCAGGAACAAUUGGAUGCCAUCAACAAAGAAAUCAGGCUAAUUCAAGAAGAAAAAGAAUCGACAGAGUUACGUGCGGAAGAAAUCGAGAAUAGAGUGGCUAGUGUGAGCCUGGAAGGCCUGAAUUUGGCGAGGGUGCACCCAGGUACCUCCAUCACUGCCUCGGUUACAGCUUCUUCACUGGCCAGUUCAUCUCCCCCCAGUGGACACUCAACGCCGAAGCUCACCCCGCGAAGUCCCGCCAGGGAAAUGGACCGGAUGGGAGUCAUGACACUGCCAAGUGAUCUAAGGAAACAUCGGAGAAAGAUCGCAGUGGUGGAGGAAGAUGGUCGGGAGGAUAAAGCAACAAUUAAAUGUGAAACUUCUCCUCCCCCUACCCCUAGAGCCAUCAGGAUGACCCACACCCUCCCUUCUUCCUACCACAAUGAGGCCCGAAGUAGUUUAUCUGCCUCCCUUGAGACAGAAAGCCUCGGGCUUGGCAGUGCCAACAGCAGCCAAGACUCUCUUCACAAAGCCCCCAAGAAGAAAGGAAUCAAGUCUUCAAUAGGACGCCUGUUUGGUAAAAAAGAGAAGGCUCGACUUGGACAGCUCCGAGGCUUCAUGGAGACUGAAGCUGCGGCUCAGGAGUCCCUGGGAUUAGGCAAACUCGGAACUCAAGCUGAGAAGGACAGAAGACUAAAGAAAAAGCAUGAACUUCUAGAAGAAGCUCGGAGAAAGGGAUUACCUUUUGCUCAAUGGGAUGGGCCCACUGUGGUCGCAUGGCUAGAGCUCUGGUUGGGAAUGCCUGCUUGGUACGUGGCAGCCUGCCGAGCCAACGUGAAGAGUGGUGCCAUCAUGUCUGCUUUAUCAGACACUGAGAUUCAGAGAGAAAUUGGGAUCAGCAAUCCUCUGCAUCGCUUAAAGCUCCGAUUAGCAAUCCAGGAGAUGGUUUCCCUAACAAGUCCUUCAGCUCCUCCAACAUCCAGAACUUGUCCGGUUUUUCUACAGACCCUGGCAUAUGGAGAUAUGAACCACGAGUGGAUUGGAAAUGAAUGGCUUCCCAGCCUGGGGUUACCUCAAUACAGAAGCUAUUUUAUGGAAUGCCUGGUAGAUGCAAGAAUGUUAGAUCACCUAACAAAAAAAGAUCUCCGUGUCCAUUUAAAAAUGGUGGAUAGUUUCCAUCGAACAAGUUUACAGUAUGGAAUUAUGUGCUUAAAACGGUUGAAUUAUGACAGAAAAGAACUAGAAAGACGACGCGAAGCAAGUCAACAUGAAAUAAAAGAUGUGUUGGUGUGGAGCAAUGAUCGAGUUAUUCGCUGGAUACAAGCAAUUGGACUUCGAGAAUAUGCGAAUAAUAUUCUUGAAAGUGGUGUGCAUGGCUCACUUAUAGCCCUGGAUGAGAACUUUGACUACAGCAGCUUAGCUUUAUUACUACAGAUUCCAACCCAGAACACCCAGGCGAGGCAGAUUCUUGAAAGGGAAUACAAUAACCUCCUGGCUCUGGGAACUGAACGGCGACUGGAUGAAAGUGAUGACAAGAAUUUCAGGCGUGGGUCGACCUGGAGAAGGCAGUUUCCUCCCCGGGAAGUACAUGGAAUCAGCAUGAUGCCUGGGUCCUCAGAAACAUUACCGGCUGGAUUUAGGUUAACCACAACAUCUGGGCAGUCAAGGAAAAUGACAACGGAUGUUGCUUCAUCAAGACUGCAGAGGUUAGACAACUCCACUGUUCGCACAUACUCAUGUUGACAAGCCACUCAAAGGAGGCAGCACUGACUUGCUAUGUCGUCUUUUCAGUCUACUCUACCUAAAGUGCACUACCAUCUAAGAAGACGAGCAGUG